CGUAGUGCAGUUAAAGAUCAUAACAAAAUGGCCUCCAUUAUUAAAGAACCAGAUUUAGUUGUGGCACUGGACAUUGGCAGUACAUACUCGGGAUAUGCAUGGCAAACGAGGAAUGACUUCCGUAAUAACAGAAGUAAUGUACAGUUCAAUACCAACUGGGAUUCAGGCGCUCAGCAGCUCCAUAAGACUACUUCAUGUGUAUUGUUGGAAGGGGACUAUGACAGCCAGAACAUCUAUGAACGAGAAAGGACCAACAAGAACAAGUCCUUUGAUGAUUUUAAACGAAUUGCAAACAAUUACAAACUAGUGGGAUUUGGACAUUACGCUGAGAGAAAGUACGGGAAUAUCUUAAGGAAGAAUGAAAUAGAAAAGAUAAUAGGAAAAUGGCUCUUCUUCAAACGAUUCAAGCAUUUGCUUUAUUGUGACGAAUUCCAUCGAUCUAUGGAUGCUGAAGACCAUUUUGGUCAACAUGUGCCAUUACUAGUAGUAAUGUCAAUGUUAAUAAAAGGUUUGAAGGAUCAUUUUAUUACAAACAUUCAAGAACCUCCGGAAAAGACGCUGUGGGUAGUUACAGUGCCAGCGAUAUGGUCUGAGCAUGCAGGGAAGUUUAUGCGAGAGGCAGCAGAAAUGUGUGAUAUCAAAAGCACGAACCUUUUGUUAGCCAAUGAACCGGAAUCCGCAGCAGUUUAUUGUAUGUUCCUACCUCAAGGGAAAGGAAACAACACGGAAACAUUAGAAUUUACAGGUCAAACUUUCCUUGUGGCCGACCUUGGAGGCCUCACUGCCGAUUUGUCUGCUUUGGAGGUUUUGCAAAAUGGAGACUUGAGAGAAGUCGUCACAACUUCUGGGGACGUAAUUGGAGGGCAAAAUAUUAACGACUGUUUCUUCCAAGUGUGUCAGGAAAGUUUUAGGGGAGACGGAUGGCGAAAAAUCUUUACUAGUAUGAAGCCUGUAGAAAUGCUUAAAAUGGAAAAUGAUUUUGAGUCAAAGAAGAUAGUUAUUGGUACUGGUAAUCCAGAAGAUGAAUACAUUCCUCUCGACGUUCCUGCAGCCGUUACGGAAAAACUGAAAAGCAGAGAAAUUACUCUCAGGGAAAGGGCAGAAAAAGAACACUGCUUUAGCUUCAAAGAUAUGGAGUUUUGUUUUGAGUCAGAUUAUGUAAAGAAAAUUCUUUUCGGUGAAACCUGCGCACGAAUAUAUAAGACGAUACAGUGUCAGCUAAAAAAGAAGGAGUUACAGGUUUGCAAUAUUCUUGUCCUCGUAGGCGGUUUCUCACAGUCACCUAUUGUUCGAACAUAUAUCACGGAGCGGGCAAGCAAAGAUUUUCCGGCGGUAAAGGUUAUCUCACCAACAUCACCAUUCCAGGCAGUUUUAAAGGGAGCUGUGAUAUUUGGACACGAUCCUUUGAUCUUCAGAAGCAGAAUCAGUAGGUGGACAUUCGGAAUAGAAGUCAACGUUCCAUUUGACGAAAAGGUUCACAACCCCGAGAAGAAAUUUAAGAAUACACAAACAAACGAAUUCUAUUGCAAGGACAUAUUUAGUAAACACGUACAAAUUGGCGAGUCAAUCACAUUAAAUGCUAAACGGAAAACAUUUACAUACUCUACUUUGUAUGAAUACCAGACGUCAAUGAUGAUUGCUGUAUAUAAAUCCGAAUAUACAGAUCCCAAGUAUGUUACUGACAGAGGAUGUGUCAAUAUUGGAAACAUUAAAGUACUUUUGCCAAAGAGAAGACCAAUCAGAAAUAUUAACGUUUCUAUGACAUACGGGGGAACCGAGUUAGCUGUCAUAGCUAAGGACUGUGAAACAGGAGAAGAAUGCAAGGCAGAUAUUGAGUUCAGGACCAUGGAGAACAAACUGGAAUCGAAAACGUUGCAAGUUAGUGGCAGCGACGAAGAAACAUGCACAACAAUGUAACAUGUCGUGGGACCGUUCAAAAAAUUGCAAAGGAACAAAGUUAAAGCUGAGGAGAGAGAUGUUCUAACAAGCAGUUAUUAAUCUCACAGUUUGAGAGCCAAUUCACAUAUGAGACCAAGACAACAGCAAAUAUGCAUUUGCAUUUAAAGAACUUUACUGUAUCAAUAUUGUUAAGAUCAUUAUUUGGUAGUAUUAACAGUGUUUCCGUUCCUAUUUUUAACUUGUUUUCUGUCUGUCUCGUAUUUUGACUUGCGUGUGUUGUCUAGUUUGUUGUUGGCGUUUCUCCUCUUUCUUCUCACUGCCCGCGUCGUCCCUUCCCCAUGCGUUUACGCUCCGUUGCACUAAAUAUUCAUCCUUCCUCCACUUUCCGGAAAAUAUUCCCUUACCCCCUCUUUGGUAUAGAGUUUAAUGUCACUGAUUUCGACCCUGUUGUCCCUGAACGGAUUAAAGUAAAAUAUCUUUGUUGAAACUCGCCCGUUCUACGCUUUCAGGUAGCGUCCCAUGCUUGGAAAUGCCCACAUAAAGUUUUGCCUUAACCUUUAUGCUUGAAAGUGACUGGUAUUUACUAAAUUGUGUUGUUGUGUUUUAAAAUUUAAAAAAGACAAAAUAACAUUUUAUUCAAUACAAAAAGGAAGAAAUACUUUUCAAAUAAUUAUUAAGAUUAGCGAUGUUUGGUGACUUAAACACGCAAACUUCUGGUGUUCUGACAAAGUUAUAAUUGUAAAAGUUCGUUGCAAUAUUUUAGAGCAAAAUACAUUUUAAACAUUUCGUAUAAUAUUCAGCACUCAAUUUGUAAAUCAUUUACCUAUUCGUAUUCGUAAAAUAUUUAGAGCUUAGAUAAUUUCCAAUUUGCGAUGACAUUAAUACGAUCUUUCAAUUUGGAUGAAGAUCUCUUCUCUACAAAAACAUUUUUAUUAGAAGAUGUCAGUACCAGGAAUGUCAGUUUUUUUUUGUCUCAGUGGAUAUUUUAGACAUGUUUUUGACAAAAAUUUGGAAGUAUCAAGUUUUAAAUAGUCGAUUUAGAUAAGUUAGUUAAGUUUAGCACGAAAAAAAAAACAUGUAUUUCAAAGACUUUGUAAUAAUUGUCCCGUUUUUGAAGCAUUUUAUUAAUAAUACAAACUUGAAUAGAGCAUUUUUACCUUUAUUUCUAUGUUAAAAUGCGUUAAUAAAGGCUAGCUGUGUUCUUAGAAUACACUAAAAUCAUUGAGAAAGUGAGUUCACCAACGGGCAAAAACCUUUAGUUUGGUGAAAUACCAUUAUGUGCUAUUCUAACUUUCAUUCGUGUUGUGAUCGUCUUUUGAAAACAAAAGUAAUGCAAAUAGUCUGGGGUUUUUUCCGUUGGUAAAAUGUAAUGAUAAAUUAUUGAAAUACUUGAACAAAGAUCUAAACUUGCAUUUAUUUUUUUAGGAUUAAAUUAUCUCGUGCACACUACAUCUUAUAUCGAAAUCACGACAUCUUAUCAUGAGCAAUUAACAUCUUAUCUCGAGCGAUCGACAUCUUAUCUCGUGCGAUCAACAUCUUAUCUCGUGUGCACGACAUCUUAUCUUGAGCGAUCAACAUCUUAUCUCGUGCGUACGGUAUCUUAUCUCGAGAGAUCAAUAUCUUAGAUAUGGGCCUCUUCCUGUCCCUCGGCGCUUGAAAUAAAGCUGUUGAAAAAUUUCAUCCAAACUGUGGAUGAGUAGCUUUAGGUUUUGAGCUAGACUGUACAAACUACAUGCAGAGCUAUCCUACUUGUUUUCUGUCAGCAUCUAAAAUCAGAUUUCACAGUCCGAAGUGUGGUAUCAAACUAAUAUUUCUUGACUCAUUUAAAACCAUGGCUUUUAAACGUCCUAAGAAUUUGAAGGACAUUCUAGUUAAAACUGACUUUCAUAUGUUGUCUGAUGUUAAUUUUACUUCGUCUAAAUGUAAUCGUUCAAGAUGUUCACAUUGUUCUUACAUUACUGAAAGUGAUAGUUUUAAUAGCUCUCAGUGUAAGAAAACUUUCAAGCUUAAGAAUAAUGCAACUUGUAAAGUUCAGAUGUAAUAUAUCUAAUAACAUGUAAGAAGUGUAAAAUGCAAUAUGUAGGCCAAACUAGCCAGCAAGUUUCAAGACGCAUGAAUAAACAUCGUUUUGAUAUUACAAGUUUUAUCGAUCCUGCAUUUUCUAGUCAUGUAGCAACUCAUUUUAAUCAAAAUGGUCAUAGCUUAAAUGACUUUAGCUUUAUGCCUAUUGAUGUUAUCCAUGAUGAUAUGAGGAGGCUUCUAAAGGAAACUUACUGGAUUCACAAACUAGAUACUAUUUUUCCAAAAGGAAUGAAUUCAAAAGUAAUGUAUAAUUUUUCAUAAAUCUCUUCACUUCAUAGUGUUUUCUGUUAUGUAACACAAACUGUGGUUUUCUUAAUGUCAGUUAGUACUGUUUUUGCUGGUAUUUUCUUUUUUUUUGUCUAUAACACAAUUUACCCAGUGAUUUCGUAUCUUUGUGAUCCUGUACUUACUGUUAUUAUGAUUAUUAACAUUAUUAUUUUAAAUAAUGUCUAUAAUCUUACUAUGUAUUAAGUAUAACCACUUUUAAUUUUAACUUUUGUCAUAACAUACUUUAAACAGUACUUUAGAUAUAUAUUUGUGUAAACAUUAUGUAGCCUAUUGUACAUUGUAAUUUUUACGCCAAAAUGUUUGUAACGUAACGUCAUCUUUUAUGACGUCAUAUAUUCAUGACGUUGUUUAUUUCAUAUCAUAUUUGUUUACUUCCUGAAGAAGACUAAUAAAAAUAGUCGAAACGUUGAGUGAAAAUGGAGUUAGCUUUGUAAUUCUCCUGUUCUUUGACUCAUUUAAAGGAAUUUCAGGCAGUUUCACUCAAUAAUGGCUAUUAUUCAAUGCAUUUUGUUCAAACAUAAAGUAAUUCUGUAGGGAUAACGCAUGUUUUUUCGUGUUACAACAUCUGCAGAAUCCCGAGGGAUUGGUUGGUACCCGAGCCUGGUACCAACGAUUCCCGAGGGAUUCUGUAGAUGUUAUAACACGAAAAUAACAUGCGCUAACCCUAUUCUAGCAUAAAAUGCGUAAAAGCCAAGUAAAUGAAUAUAUUGUCACUCAACGUCAUUAAAUUCCCAUGAAAUGCGCGGUAAAGUUUGUUGUUUUUUCACGUUGGCGUCAUUUCCUUUUGAAUUAUCCGUUUUGGGACCGUAUUACGUUUAAGAUUUGCCACGGAACACGCAUAAAUAAAAAGGUGUUAUAACAGCAUGUGAGCGCGAGAAUCUCUCUGUUAGCACACGUUUUCUCUCCUGUUAAAACACCCCCGAAAAGUGGCAAUAACGGCAGUUUAUUUCUAGAAUUCAAGAUAAUGUUUCUUCACUAUCAAGCUUUGAAAUAGUUAAACAUGCUGCUUCUAUGACAGCUCUUGUUUUUAUAUGCUAUGACACUUUAUUACAUUCAAACAAAAUGGUUGCCCAUUUUAUUUUACACAAGUGUUUGUUGUAGUAUUCAUUGAUGAAAUAUUUUGUGUAAAAGCUAUUGAAUAGUCGAUCGACUGUUGCUGUCCCUGAACAGCUCUUGUUACAGAUUACAUGUAUCAACAAAAUUUAUUUUUGAUUGAAUUGUAUAUGUACUUUGUAAUAAAAACAUUUCGGUUGAA